GGGGGUAGGGAACCUGGAAACGCGAACGGGGAUGGUAGGUGGUUUGGACCCGCCGAGCCGCCGUCGUUUCCAGAAAGGGUUUGACUGGAGGAACCUCUGGAGCAGCUAUGUUGAUACCAUUGAACCUGGAUCGGUUCUUCCUAAUGUUGGGACAGUGGCUGGAGCCCUUUGCACAUCAGGCCUCGGGAAUAGCUUCCAGGAUUACCAGCGUGGGACACCACUUCAGGUUUUAAGGCUGUUUUGCCGGAUUAAAAAUCUUCAUUCCCAGAAAGAUCUACUUCAUGGGUGGAGAAUGGGACACUCCCUGAUAUGAUGAGUCUCCAGUAACUACAGGAAUGAUUCUGACUUCAUUUUAAGCUUGCACAUUCAGAGCUUACCCUUAGAAUUUCCUCUUGAAGACAACUCCCAUUUUAUCCUGACACUAUUUGGAGGAAGUCAAGUUAAGGUUGGCUGGCUCCUCUGGCUGAUGGCAUGUUGAGGUACAUGGGCCAGUGGCAGCGAGGGCAUCCAAUCCAGAGGGGGCCACUCUAGAGGCCAGGCCACCACCACCAUGGGCCAGUGUGUCACCAAGUGCAAGAAUCCCUCAUCAACCUUGGGCAGCAAGAAUGGAGACCGGGACCCCAGCAGCAAGUCACACAGCAGGCGAGGGGCAAGCCACCGUGAGGAACAGGUGCCACCCUGUGGUAAGCCAGGUGGGGACAUCCUCGUCAAUGGGACCAAGAAAGCUGAAGCUGCCACUGAAGCCUGCCAGCUGCCAACAUCCUCCGGAGAUGCUGGGAGGGAGUCCAAGUCCAAUGCUGAGGAGUCUUCCUUGCAGAGACUGGAAGAACUGUUCAGGCGCUACAAGGAUGAGCGGGAGGAUGCAAUUUUGGAGGAAGGCAUGGAGCGCUUUUGCAAUGACCUGUGUGUCGACCCCACGGAAUUUCGAGUGCUGCUCUUGGCUUGGAAGUUCCAGGCUGCUACCAUGUGCAAAUUUACCAGGAAGGAGUUUUUUGAUGGCUGCAAAGCAAUAAGUGCAGACAGCAUUGACGGGAUCUGUGCACGGUUCCCUAGCCUCUUAAUAGAAGCCAAACAAGAGGAUAAAUUCAAGGAUCUCUACAGGUUUACAUUUCAGUUUGGCCUGGACUCUGAAGAAGGGCAGCGGUCACUGCAUCGGGAAAUAGCCAUUGCCCUGUGGAAACUAGUCUUUACCCAGAACAAUCCUCCUGUGUUGGACCAAUGGCUAAACUUCUUAACAGAGAACCCCUCGGGGAUCAAGGGCAUCUCCCGGGACACUUGGAACAUGUUCCUUAACUUCACUCAGGUGAUUGGCCCCGACCUCAGCAACUACAGUGAAGAUGAGGCCUGGCCAAGUCUCUUCGAUACCUUUGUGGAGUGGGAAAUGGAACGAAGGAAACGAGAAGGAGAAGGGAGAGGCACACUCAGCUCAGGGCCCGAGGGCUUGUGUCCCAAGGAGCAGACUUAAUGGCUCUGUUCCAGGAGCAGCAGCAAGGAUCUGCCUGCUGCCCUGCAGCCAAGCGAGGAAUUGGACCUUUCUGGAAAUUACCGAAGAUCCGGAUAUUUUCUACUUUACACCUUUCUCUGCCUUGUAUCUGAAAGGGCUCUAAAAUGCUGUAUCAUGUUUUAGGCACUUUCUUCAUUUUUGGUUAUUUUGGUUAUUUCUUUUUUUGGGGGGGAAUCCCCCAAAAUAUUUGAACCUGGCUACAUGUUGUGUAUCUUCUUUUUUUGAAGCCUUCAGAUAGAAUAAGCCUGCCAUUUCUUGCACAAA